AUGGUGCAAAGGAAGGUGAUGCCAAAUGUGCUAACCUUUAGCAUAUUGGUGGACGCACAUUGUAAAGAGGGGAUGCUGAUGAAGGCAAAAGAAGUUUUUGGUGUGAUGAUUCGAAGAGGCAUUGAACCUAACACCGUCACUUGUAGCUGUUUGAUUGAUGGUUACUGUUUGCAAAACAAAAUGGAUGAUGCUGUGAAAACAUUUAAUAUGAUGAUUGAGAGAGGUUGUUUGCCUAAUCUGUUUAGUUAUAACAUAUUGAUCAAUGGAUAUUGCAAAAAUAAAAGAAUUAAUGAGGCAAUGCGUCUCUUUCGUGAAAUGUCCAACAAGGGAAUGAUUCCUGACGUUGUGACAUACAACACUCUUAUAAGGGGGUUUUGCCUAGUGGAGAGACUUGAGGUUGUGCUAGAGCUAUUCCAUAAGAUGCAAGAUUGUGGUGAAUGUCCAAGUCCCCAAACCUAUGCUAUCUUGUUGGAUGGCCUUUGUAAGAACAAAAAAAUUGGUGAGGUGAUGGCAUUGUUUCAAGAGAUGGAAGACGAAAAGUUGGACCACAAUAUUGUGAUCUACAACAUCUUGAUUGACGGUUUGUGUAAUAUUAAGAAACUUACAGCUGCAAGAGAACUCUUUAAUAGUUUGCCAUUGAAGGGAUUGCAACCUAAUGUUUGGACAUAUACCAUAAUGAUCAAAGGGCUUUGCAAAGAGGGACUAAUAGAUGAAGCAUGUGAGCUCCUUGAGAAAUGGAUGGGAAUGGUUAUUCACCUAAUGAUCGUACAUAUAACACGCUCAUCCAAGGUUUAUUGCAAGGGAAUGAGACAUCAAAGGCUAUAG